AUGGGGUUCAAGUUCACCUUCUUAUGCGACCUGCUGUCCGAUCUGGAGAAGAACCGCACGCUGAAAGCCUCAACAGCGUCAAAAAAUCAUAACCCGGAUAUCACAGUGGUUACCCGAUGGUUCGCCACACAUCGCAAGCGAAUCGAUGACGAUGGGACCGAUAAGCUCGCGCUUCUAUCAUCUAUCUUCCCGGAGAAGAGAGUUGAUCGGGUCUACUGGCUCCAGGAGAGCUUGUUAGCUAGGGUUAUUGGACGCUCGCUUCUCCUUGGAUCGGUACGCCGCGAGGAGCUCGACCGAUGGCGUGAGCCGGGAAAUGGUGAUCUCGCACAAUGCGUCGAGAAUGUCAUGCGUCAGGCAGAGAAUUUGGUCGCGUCUGGGCAGGAAGUCACGGUGGAAGAGAUCGAUUCGGCUCUGGAUAGGGUAGCGUCACGAUGCCGCUUUUCCGGUCCUCGAGUUCGACGGCAACAUUCUGCAGUUGAUGUUGAUGAAGCUUUGUCGACGCUUUAUCGACGACUGAGUAGCCGAGAUGCCAAAUGGCUCACUCGAAUGAUCCUGAAGGUCUACUAUCCCGUGAUUGUUCCAAUCAACUAUACUCUGGGCUGUUUUCACUUUCUCCUCCCGCAGCUCCUUCUGUUCCAAGACUCGUUUGAUGCAGCAUUGACCAUGCUUUCUUCGGAGCCGAUGAAACAUUACCCACGACAGCCAGAGCGAGGCCUUGCCAAAGAUCUGUGUGCUCUGGCUUUGUCUCACCUAACUCCCAAGACUGGAAUCAAAAUAGGACGUCCCGACUACUGGAAAGCAAGAAGUAUUAAACAUUGCUGCGCAAUGAUCGGACGCCGCCGAAUGAGCCUUGAAAGAAAGUAUGACGGCGAAUACUGUCAAAUUCAUAUUGAUCUUCACAAAGGUGGAAACUAUAUCCAAAUUUUCUCCAAGAGUGGGAAGGAUUCCACGUAUGAUAGAGCAGGGAUACACCAGGCCAUCAAUCGGUCUUUGAGAAUAGGAAAGUCCGAUUGCAAGUUUACUCGCCGUUGUGUCUUAGAGGGCGAGUUACUUGUUUGGAGUGAUAAGCAGAAGAAAAUCCUUGACUUCCACAAACUGAGAAGGUUUAUCUCGCGGUCUGGAACGUCCAUUGGAACAGAUAAUGAUUCUCCACCUCAGGAGGGAGAGCAUCUGAUGAUGGUCUUUUUUGAUGUCUUGCUUGUUGAUGACAACAUUUGCUUAAUCAAACCACACAGAGAAAGACGGCUUUUACUCAAGGAUUUGAUCCAAACGAUCCCAGGCCGCGCAGACAUCUCGCAGCAGACAGUCAUAGAUUUCUCUCGUCAGGGUGCCCCCAGCCAUCUUGAGAAAGCAUUUUCGAGAAGCAUCGUCGAGAGAUGGGAAGGCUAUGUCCUAAAGGGGAGUGACGAUCCAUACUUCUCCUUCCUAACCUCUGGCGAUAGUACAUCAUCUUCUGGUCGCUGGAUUAAGCUCAAAAAGGAUUACAUUCCAGGCCUAGGUGAUACAGUCGAUCUCGCCUUGAUUGGGGGUAGUUAUGAUCCUCGAGAGGCCAAAAAGGUUAACAAAACCCGCCGGCUACUAUGGACGCACUUCCACGUCGGAUGUCUGUUGAACCAAGAGGCCGUGAUCCAGCGUAAAGCAAAACCCAAGUUUCGCGUAAUUGACGUGAUCGGUCAGCACUGCAUGAGCCCGCGAAGCAUGCAGCAUCUCAACCAAUUUGGUGAGUUUAGCUCUCAGAAGUUUGAUCAUGAAAAUGAAUACUUCGAUGUGGAGUCUGGCCACCCAGCCUUGCCCCCAAUUGAUCAUAUCUUCAAGACCCCAUUUGUAGUUGAGAUGAUGGGGAGCGGUUUCGAGCGACCAUCGAAUGCAAGAUAUUUCUCGCUACGCUUCCCCCGAAUCUUGAAGAUUCACUGCAAUAGGACGUUUGAAGAGGCGGCUUCAUUCUCUGAGUUGCAGGUUUUAGCUGAGAAAGCUCGGUCAGUACCGUCUGAGGAAUUGUCUCAAGAGGAAGAGCGAUGGAGGCAACGCCUGCGAGGGAUCCAUGCUGCCGCUGAAAGAUCCCAGGAUACUGCGUCAUCUAAUUCAGGAUCCCGGCCUUCUUCUCCAUCUCUUGAAGGUAGCGAUACGAAUGACACCAGUAAUAGUGACGCACCAAGCCCAAUUGUGGAGGUCCUUCCGAAAGGGAUGCACAGCGUGCAGCAUGAAGUAUAUCCUGGAAGACGUGCAGAACCGGCAGAUGGUAUUUCUAUCUAUGUCGACGGCACUUCAGUCUCAACAGUGCCAGAAUCAUCUGCGGUCCAGAGAAAUUAUCUCGCUCAAAAUGAAAAUCUUUCUGGUCAUCAGAACCCGCGUAAACGAAGGCUGGAAUCGCCUGACAGAGCGCUAUGCAAGAAGCCCAAAAUGACCGAAAGAUUUGGCACGUCUCCACGUUGUCUAAUAGCAAAUCGAUCCGAGACAGUCCAGGAUGAAGAGCGUGUGCCUUGGCCGAGCGGUGGACCAGACACUUUCUUCAACAGGCGGGAGACUGUUUCUCAUGACGAGCCUAUCUCAAUGGGCCUGCAAACAGAGCAUCCUCAUGUUCAAUAUCUACUGAAAAAAGUUCCUGUCUAUAUAAGCCCGAAUCUCUCAUUGGAUGGGAGCUUUGCUUGCGGUUCUCAUCAAAACGGACAGAGCGAUGCAGGAUACCGGCAUCUUGAACCCUUUCUUCAACAACUAAUUCCUUUGGAAAAUCCAGAUCAGCUUCGACAAUCUUAUCCUCAUUCUGAACAGCCACUUGGAUUGUUUCUUAUUGAUCGGCAGUGUUCACUUGGUGAAGAACUCUCAUUAAUUGGAAAUCGGUUGUCCAAGACCCUCGCAAAUGGGCACCGUCAGUCAGUCUAUGAAGUAAAAGUAAUAUUCAUGGAUGUCGCUAUGCUGUCCCUUCAUAGAAACAACGAUAACCCAAGAUCCAGCUGGAGGAGGAUCGCGGAAGAAUAUUUCUAUGCCUGUCUCACAUGGCGCAUCAAACAGGGUCCAAGCACUACUGAACGCCUGAAUCAUUGCGCAGAAAGCAGUCUUCUACGUCAGGCCCAAGACCCCGUUGAUGGCUCUCAAGGUCGAGAUAUGAAGCCUGCGAUAUAUAUAACGUUUGAUAAUCGCGAGACUGAGGGGCUUGAGCAGCUCGCCUCGGCCGGGUAG